AUGAGAUAAUCAAGAUUUCAAGAUAAACCUGAAAAAAAGAAAUAAAUUUAAAGUUUCAAAAGACUAAAUUUAAGCAAGCAAUAGACAUUAGAAAUUAAAUAAAUUGAAUUCCAAAACGGGAUAUAUUAAGGGCUUUCGAAUCAGAAUAAUGAAAGACAAGGAAUAGGAAUUUAUAUAUGGGAUGGAGGAGAAAUAUAUUUUGGAGAAUGGAAACAUGAUAAAAUAGAUGGUUAAGGAAUUUUAUUCUUUCCUUAAGGAGGAUUUAUUCAUGGUUUUUUUUUCAAAAAUAAACUUAAUGGGCCUGUUUUUUUAAAAUAUGCAAAUGGUGAUAUAUAUGAAGGAAUUUGGCACCACGGAAAAAUAGAAGGACAAUGUUAUAAAUACUUUACAGAUGAAAAUUAAAUAUUUUAAUAUUUAAAUUCUCCAAACGAAAUAUUAUAAAAAUAUACAAUAAAUAUUUAAUAACUUAAAUUUAAUGAUGGAGGAUAAUAUAUCGGAUUUAUUAAAAACGGAGUUCCGAAUGGUAUAGGAAUUAUGAAAUAUGCAGAUGGCAAAUAUGAUUGUGGUUUUUAUAAAAAUGGAAGUUUAAAUGGAUUAGGCAGAAUAAACCUACAUAAUGGAAAUAUUUAUGAUGGAUAUGUUAAAGAUGGGUUUUUUCAGGGUUUAGGCUUGUUUUUUUAGAAAGAAACUGGUUCAUGGAUUUAUGGAAAUUUCGAAAAAAACUAAUGUAGUAACAUAAUUAAGAAAGGAUAAGGAGAAUUUCCUUUAUAAAUAAUAGGUAAUUUUAUUUUUUUAUUAUAACAAUUUAAAUUAUAAAAGAAAAACUAAGAUACGAACAUCAUAAGAAAAACAAAAUCUUUUUUGAUUAAGAAACUUCUUUAAAACUUUAUUAAGUCCCAGUUUAUUCACAAAUAAAUUUUAUGA